GUAACCAUUUCCGAUGAAUUUCCAACAUGGCGGCCACUAUAUCGUAAACAUGCGACACAGUUUGGAAUCUAUGUAUGCUGAAGUUACUCGAUUCAUAGCAUGUAUUCGUCUGUGUGGUUCGUGUGAGGUGAACUAUCUAAAGGCCGCUUUUUCACAUAAUUCACCUGACAGUUUCGAUAACGGUUUCGUUGAGUACAUUCAGUCUAACUUUAGCUAGCAGCACAGUUAGCUGGAGCCAUGCCUUCGCAGACCAUUUUCGUCCGUUCUUUACCAGUUUCAGCUUCAAAUGAUCGACUUUUGGAGAUAUUUUCAGAAAUUGGGCCCGUUAAGCAAUGCUUCGUCGUCAAAGAGAAAGGUACAGACAAAUGUCGGGGUUUCGGCUUUGUCACGUAUGCACUGGAGGAGGACUCUCAGAGAGCCUUGAAAGAAAUAAUAGAAUACGAUGGACAGAAGCUUUCUCUGUCAGUGGCCAAAAAGAAACUUGGAGACAAAAGGAAAACAGAACCAAAAGAACCCUCUGAAGCACCAAAGGAAAAGGAACAGAAAUCUCAAGGUUUUAGGAAAAGUAAACUGAAAGCCAGACUCAUCAUAAGGAAUCUCAGUUUUAAGUGUUCAGAAGAUGAUCUGAAGGAAGUUUUUGCCAAAUUUGGAACCAUCCUUGAGGCCAAAAUUCCUCUGAAACCUGAUGGCAAGAAACGAGGGUUUGCAUUUGUCCAGUUUAAAAAUGUGUCUGAGGCAUCAAAAGCCCUUACGGCUACAAACUUGAAGGAGAUUAAAGGCCGACAGGUGGCUGUUGACUGGGCUGUGGCAAAGGACAAGUUUAUUGCCACUCAAGGUUCUUCUGGUGGAGGAAAUAAAAAUGUAGCGGAUGCAGCUACAAAACAGUCAGACUCAGAAAGUGACUCUGAAGAUGAGGAUGAAGAAAAGGAGGCACCAGCACCUGAGAGCAAAAAGGUUGUUUCAAAAGCCGCUGUGCAGCAGAAGAAAACACAAUCGGAUGAUGAUAGUGACGAACAUGACAGUGAUGAGGAGGAGGACGAGGAUGACGAUGACGAUGAUGACGACGACAAUGAUGAUGAAGAGGAAAAGGAAGUGGAAGAAAAAGAUGAUGAUGAUAUGUCCCAGGAAGCAGAAGAUGAUGAUGAUAGUUUCGAUUCAGAUGAAGAUGACGAUGAUGAUGACGAUGAUGAUGAUGAUGAAUCUGAUCAAAAGAAAAAGACUCCAAAGAAACCCCUCCCUUCAGACAUAAAAGAGGGCAGAACAGUUUUCAUCAGGAAUCUUUCCUUCGAUACAGAGGAAGAAGGCCUGGAGGAAGUUCUUUUACAGUACGGAGAAAUGAAUUACAUCAAAAUCGUCCUCCACCCAGACACAGAACAUUCAAAAGGUUGUGCGUUCGUUCAGUUUAAGACUAAAGAAGCAGCAGAAAGAUGCAUAGCAGCAGCACAGGAUGAAGCAGAGAAUGGAGGCAUACGAGUGGAUGGUAGAAAGCUGCUAAUUGUGGCAGCAGUGACCCGAGAGGAUGCUACCAAGCUCAAGACGAACAAGGUGAAAGUAGAAACAGGCACGAGGAACCUGUACCUGGCCAGAGAAGGAUUGAUCCGCGCUGGAACGAAAGCUGCAGAGGGCGUCCCUGAGGCCGAUAUGAUCAAGAGAGCUAGGUUUGAAGAAUUGAAGAGGACCAAGCUUCGGGACAUACAUGUUUUUGUGUCAAAGACUCGUCUUUGUGUUCACAAUCUACCCAAGUCAGUGGACAACAAAAAACUUAAAGCCCUCUGCCUACAAGCACUAAAAGGAAGCAAAGGAGUCCGCCUUACAGAGUGCAGGGUGAUGUACGACAAGAAGCCAAUGAAAGGUCAGACGAUGGGACAGUCUUUAGGUUAUGGAUUUGUUCAGUUCCAGGAACACGAACACGCUCUCGGUACGCUCCGUUACCUGAACAACAAUCCGGACAUCUUUGGUUCCCACAAGAGACCUAUUGUUGAAUUCUCCCUGGAAGAUUCAAGAAAGCUCAAAAUGAAAGAAAUACGACAGCAAAAAAAUAAGGAGAGUUUCCAAAAUCGACCUGGAAAAGGUGGAGGGAAAAUGAAGUCACAGAUGGCAGGAGAUGAGAAAGGACCUACAAAAGCUCCUCAAAGCCAGAAGAAGGACAGACAAUAUUCUGGGUUUCAGACAAAUCCUGAAGUAGAGCAUGUAGACUUGGAAAAUGGAAAGAAACGGAAGAAAAUUCUGCCAUUCCCUUCUCAUCGGGGGCCUAAGAUCAGAAUGCGAGACAAAGGGAAGCAAAAGCCUCCACCGCCCAAGAAAGGCAGACCUGGAUCCAGCAGGAGAGACCGCCAGAGACGACACAUCGAGAAGCCCACGCAGCCCAGGAACCAGAAGUUUCAAGGAGGACAGAAGAGUUUCAAGAGAAGAGACGGAGAUCGUUUUGACAGCCUGGUGCAGCAGUACAAGAAGAAACUAAUGGGAACCGGUGAUAAAACCCUAAAUGUAAAAAGAAGCAAGUGGUUUGACAGUUAAAUAUAUGUACGUGUGCUUUGUAUUUGUGUUUACAGGAAAAAUGUUGAAGAAUUAAAUUUGUAGGGUGACCACAACAGAGGACCUGAAGCAUUGACAUCCUUUAGAUGAAUGCAGUGGCUCUGGAUAAAUUAGAUUUGUGUAAAUUGUACAGUUUAUGAAGUUUAUGUUUUGAGCUGUACUGAUUCUUCUUUUCCUUCUGUAAUUCUUUCUCCUGUGUGUAUCUGAUAUUUUUUACCCUUGCUCAACAGAUUAGAAAAUUGUGAAAAGUUUAUUCAUCAGUGACUUUUUAUAAAAAUAUUUGAAUUUA